AUGACACAGAAAAAGGUAGCUCCAUCAGUAAGUACUGUGGAUGGGAACACACCUCCAUCGUAUGAUGAGGCUACAGCAGGAUGUCCAAGCUAUUACUAUGGUGAAGGAGGUUUUUGCUGGGAUGACAAGAACAUUAGGCGGGUUUUUAUACGGAAGGUGUAUGCCAUCCUAAUGAUGCAGUUACUUGUAACAGUGGCCAUUGUGGCUGUCUUCACUUACUCUGAUGCAGUGAGGUUCUACCUCUACACUCAUCCUGCUCUCUACUCCACCUCCUAUCUCCUGUUUUUCAUCACGUACAUUACACUGGCAUGUUGUGGGGAUUUGAGGAGACAGUUCCCAUGGAACCUAAUUCUACUGACAAUCUUUACACUCAGCAUGGCUUGCAUGAUGGGUUUUGUAUCCAGCUUCUACAACACCAAGUCUGUGUUACUCUGCAUUGGUAUUACUGCCAUUGUAUGUCUGUGUGUCACUAUCUUCAGCUUUCAAACCAAGGUUGACAUCACCUCCUUCCAGGGUCUCCUCUUCAUUCUCUGCAUGGUAAUGCUUUUCUGUGGACUGGUAAUGGGAUUUGUAGUCCCCUUUGGAUACGUGCCCUGGUUACAUGCCAUCUAUGCCACCAUAGGAGCAAUCGUCUUUACCAUGUUCCUGGCGUUUGACACUCAGCUGUUGAUGGGGAAUAAGGAUUAUGCCAUGAGCCCUGAGGAAUACAUCUUUGCCACUCUGAGUCUGUACCUGGACAUCAUUUACCUCUUCUCUUUCCUACUUCAGCUCUUUGGAGGAGGCAGGGAGUAA